CAAAAAUAUCAGUUAUGAUUCCAAAAAAACAAUAAUCAAGACAAGAAGCAAGAGCAAAAGUGGAUUCAGGUUUGAACAGAGUUUCAAAAAAAGAUUAGAUAUAGAAAAGACCAGAAUCAGCUGUUUAAUAGUAAUCGGUAUUGUUAUUAAAAUAUCAGUUAGGGUGAAAAAGAAUAAGAAAGUGAAUAAAACUUUGCAUACUAAACUGCUAUUUAAGAUAAAAUGAACAAUAUAGUUUAAGAUUACUUAUUAAAGCAAAACUUCUUAAAGACUUUGGAAUAGUUCGAAAAUGAAUCUUAAUAUAAUAAUCAAAGAAUUGGUAAUCAAAAAGAAUAUUAAAUGCUAUAAUAUUUUGACAGGGGAGACAGAGAUAAUUUUUUAAGGUUAUGGAAUUAACAUAUACCAUAAAAUAAUAAAUAAGAUUAUGAAUUAUGGAAAUUGGAAUUUUAUAUUUAAAUCUACUUUUUAAUUUAUCCAAUUCAUCCAUAUUUAUCAAAGAAAGGAUAGAUAGAUAAAUAAUCGAUCAAUGCAUUUAAACAAUUUCUUGAUUCAAAAGGUAUUAAAAUUAAAAUUACAUCAUUUUAGGAGAAGAUCUGUCGAAAACUAAUGAAGUACUUCCAUUUUAUGCUUUACCAUAUGUACAAUAACCUUAAAAGCAUUAAACAUUUUAACAUAUAUUUACUACUUAAUGGGUAGAAGAUUUAAAAGAACGUUUAAAAGAUUUUACUUUAUCAAUAUUUUAAAAUGAAUAAAUUACUCACUUGUAAAAACUAGUUUAAAAUUAUGAAAAUUCACAAUAACAAAUUUAGCAUAAUAAUAUUUAUUAAGAUAAUUCUAAAGAGCUGAAAAGAUUGAAUGAUUAGAUUUAAAAGUUACAGAAUGAUAAUUAUGAAAUUAAACAAAAGUUAAAUCAACAAGUUUAAGCAUAUCAAGAAUUGAACAAUCAUGCUGAAAAAAACUUUACUGAAGCAUAAUAAAAAUGGUUUUCUCUUUGUAAAGAAUUGAUGGUCGUUUCAAAAGAUUUAUAAAAAUAUCUAGACAACAAUUAGUCGAUGUAAAAUUAAUAGAAAAUCUAAAAUCUAAAAAAGAAGCUUUUAUAAUAUGAAAAAUUCCUUAAUCAAGACUUUGAAGAUUUAAUAAAUAAAUCAUAAGAUAUUUCAUUAUUUGAGAAGGCUAGCAUGGCUGAAUAAGAGAUUUCACAUAUAACUAAUAAUUAAUGUAAAUAUAAUUAUUUAAAGAAAUUAGAAUUACCAACUCCAAUCAAACCAAUUCAUGUAGAAGAAUAUGUUCCAUUAAACUAUCCUAAAAUAAUUUAGUUAUUUACAAAAUCUAAUAAUUAUUAGCAUGUAGCAAAUGUUUUAUAGGCUUUGAGAUGGAGAAUUACUAGAGCCAAAAAUGCUCUAUAGAGAAGAUAAGUGGUUGUUGCUUAUGCAACUCAUGAUAUAAUAGGAACUCACUCAAAAAAUAUAUUAUUAGCUUAAUAUUUAAUUUUAAAAUCUCACAAUUUAAUUUAAUGUUAAACUUUAAAAUUACUAAAUGCUUUAGCUUCAGAUUAUCAUGGUAGAUCCUAUUUAACUUUAAAUCCAACAUUAAUUAAAUUUCUGGUGGAUCUUAUUAAAAAAGAAUAAUCUGAUAGUCUUAUAAGAAAAAAUGCUAUCGGAGCUCUCUAAAAAAUGUCUUUAAGAAAACAAAGUUAAACAUUUAUGCUUGAAAAUAACAUAAUUUAUCAUACAUUGAUAAUUUUAAAGAAUGUAAAAUAGAAUACUAUAUUAGGAAUAAAAUAAUCUAAGUGAAUAUACUUAUGAAUAUAUUACUGCUCUUAUUAUGAAUUUAUCAUUAAGUACUAGAGGAAAGGAUGAAUUAAUUCAGCAUAAAGAAUUAGCAUUUGAAGUCUUAUAUGAUCUUAUUGAAUAUCCAAAUGAUUAAAUAAGAACUUUCACUAAUGGCACAUUUUAUUCAUUGUUCAGCAGAAAAACAAUUAGAGAUUAUGCUUAUAGUCUAGGAAUACCAUAAGAAUUACCAAGAUUAUUAGAAAAUUCGGAUGAAAAGUUCAAAAAAUAGAUUCAAUAUAUGAUUGCUUAGUUAUAAGCUGACGAAGAUGAUUAUGAUUAAUCAUAAAUGGAAGAAGAAAAUGAUGUUGAUGAUAUUGAAGAAGAAGAAGAAGAAUGUAUUGGAGACGAUGAUGAAGAAGAUGAACUAAAUAUUUAAGAUAAUAUAAUAGGAGAAGAAUUAUUAUCAAAAGAUUUUGAAUUAGUUGGAGAUGAAGCUGAAAAUCAAAAAUUAGUUAUGGAUUCUAUCAUUUUAAAAGAAGUCUAAUAAAGAAAUGCAUAAUAAGAAUAAAUUAGAGAAUCUCAAUUAGAGAAAAUGCCUGUUGGAUGUAAUUCUUUUUUCAUUAUUUUUUAGAAAUUCCUUUUUAUAAUGAUACUAAUGAUAAAAAAUCUUAUUAAAAAGUGCAAUAGUUUCAUAAUCAAUAAAAGCAAUUAAUUCAAGGAUAAGGACAAUAAAACAUUAAUUAUAAUGAUCUAUAAGAAUUUGCUCCUAAACCAAAAAUUCCUAGAACCCCUCCUGGGGCCUCAAAAAAAUGA